AUGAAUUUCCGACUUAUUGCUCUCGUUGUUUUAGGAUUGUUCCUGAAUAGCUCCAUUGGAUGCCUUGUAUUUCUAGGCGAUCUCAGUCCCAAUACAGGUAUCAUCCACCUAGUAGGGGAGGUUCUUGAAAACCGCGUGCGAGUCUGCGCGAUCAAUAGCGAACUCAAAACCAGCCCGAUUUGGCUCCAGUGCAUAACCAACCAAUACUCGGCUGCUGUCUCGAACGACUUUACGAGAUUUGCGUAUUCGCACGGCUCUGCUGAAUACAGGCUCGACGUCACCAAGACGGCCAGAGAAAGGCUUUUGGGCGAUGCGAUUCGAUGGACUCUCAAGGGGCAGGGUUAUGGGUGUUAA